CCUCCCCUCCUACGAAAAAGGGUGUGUUUGGCCACUUGCAGUUAAAACGGCACGCAAUCGAUCUCACAUUGAAUUUGUGACCGAAGUCCGUUUGCAAAACAAUACCGGCAAAUACAUUUGGCUUUGCUUUGCGCACUAUUUGUCUGAUUCUGCAAGUUUUAUCAACAACGUGAAGUGACACUUGGCUUACCGGAGCACAGAGGAAAUCAGUGAUUUAGAGCGACGCCCAGACUCCAGACUCAAACGGACAAGACACCGAGGUGACCUGGACAAUGGCAGACAGAUCCCAAGGACUCGGAGCACAAGCUAGUGCCACACAGAAACUUCAACCUGAUCACGGGGAUCCACUCUCCAGAGGAAGUGGACCGGAUCCGGAACUGGGAGAUCCGAGACUCUGACGUAUUUGCCAUCACAUAUCCCAAGUCAGAUACCCCCUUGUCUGUGAGCUGUUUGUCUGGAUCCAGCGCUCGACUAAACCAAAGGGACAAUCUGGAUGCAGCAGAUUCUCCUCCUCAUCCACUCCAAGGGCGAUGUCACAGCAACCACUGGCCAGCUCAACUCUGACAGCGUCCCCUGGAUCGAGCUGAUGGGCAGCGAGAAGACGUUUGUCUGCGCCCCCUCCCCCAGGCUGCAAGUCUCCCACCUGCAGUACCAGUUCAUGCCUCUAGGGCUGAGACAGAAGAGGGGCAAGGUGAUCUAUGUGGCCAGAAACCCUAAGGAUGUUCUGGUCUCCUAUUACCACUUCCACAAGUAUGCCACUAUGCUACAGACGCCAAAGAACUUUACUGAGUUCUUUGAGAAUUUCAUGGAGGGUAAUGUGUAUGGGAACUGCUGGUUUGAGCACAUCCAGACAUGGUACUCUCACAGAGCAGAGAUGAACUUCCUGUUCCUCAAGUAUGAAGACAUGGUCCAGGACCUGAGGUCGGUUGUGCGACAGAUGUGUGUGUUCCUGGAGCAGGACCUGACGGAGGAGCAGGUGGGCAGGGUGGUGCAGAACAGCACCUUCAGCACCAUGAAGCAGAAUCCCCAGGCCAACUACAAGUGUGUGUCUGCUAGCCUACUUGACCACAGGGAGGGUACCUUCAUGAGGAAAGGUACCAUCGGAGACUGGAAGAACAACUUCACAGUAGCCCAGAAUGAGAAGUUUAACCGUGUAUACCAGGAGAAGAUGAAGGACUGGCCUCUCUCCUUUAAGUGGGACAUUCAUGAUAACAGGACCGUGUGAUGUCAUCACUGUUGGACACAAAGCUCUUCAAUGAGACCAGACAUCUUUACUCCAAGUCUACAAAUUAUUUAUCUAUAUAUCUGUCUUGUAUUAAAAUUGCUUUACAGAUU